GUCAUUUUCACUUGAGUGCGACCCAAGCCCAGCAGAUUGCUUGACCCGAAUCCUGCUCCAUCUCUUCCGUUGUUGUUCUGGCCGCCAUUUUUGUGAAUUGGAGUUUUCAUGGAGAUUAUGGAAAAGCAUUCGUAGUUCGAUUUAUACAGUUUCUUUUGUUCAUUGUAAAAUUGAGUACAGAAACAACAAUCUUUCAGCAUAUUACAUCCACGAUUUUUUCUUCAGUUUUGUGAUGAUGGAUGUGGAAGAAACCUCAAGUUUGCCUCUGCCAGAUGCUUUUCUUGAUUUUCUGAAUCAACAUAACUUGGAUCCUUCUAUUUAUACUGCCACCGAUUCUAUACCUCGUUAUAUAAGGAUAAAGCCCGGUUAUGAGGAUUUGCUUGAAGAAAUUGAAAGUGAUAUUAGAUGCAAGCUUGAAAGAGUUUGUUGGUUGCCCAACUUUUAUCAUCUUCAACCUGAUGUUCAAAUUGCUAGUUCGAAGGCAUACCAAGAAGGGAAGAUGUAUGGAAUUGAUGCAGCAUCCGGAGCUGCUGUGACAGCUUUGGACAUUUCAGUUGGGGAUCAUGUCCUUGAUCUUUGUGCCGCACCUGGUGCUAAACUUUGUAUGAUGUUGGACAUUCUUGGCAGUUCGGGUUCUGUGACUGGUGUUGACAUUGCAAAACAUCGAUUAGCGGCCUGUAGAACCAUGCUACAGAAAUAUAGUCUUGGUGAUCAUUGUCGUCUUUUUGUUGCUGAUGGAACCAGCUUUUCCCUUCUCCCUGUCAGGGUCCAUUCAGGCUCUCCGUUGCAAAAUGAAAAUGCGGAUGAAUUUGCUUCCGGAGAAAAAUCUGAAGUAUAUCGGGAGUGGAAGUCCCGCAGACCAUGGAAAGAAAGGAAGAAGGAAGCUAUAGCUAGAGAAAAAGGUGUCUCCAAGCUAUUCUCACCAACUCAAGAACCAGAGCUUAUAUUUUAUGGCCGGUAUUCUGGGGUGGUUGGGAUGAGAAAAAAUGAAUUAUAUCAAAAGAUGCCUAUCAGUGAGGUUUUGCAGCUCGGCUAUGACAAGGUUCUUGUGGAUGCAGAAUGUACCCAUGAUGGUUCUAUUAAGCAUGUUCAGAAAUUUGAGCAAUGGGGCUGGACAACCUUCCAGCGCCGUGUGCUAGAUGCAGAAAGAACUGAUGAUCUGACUGUCCUUCAGCUGCAACUUCUGACUAAUGGAUUCAGAUUGCUCAGAGUUGGGGGAGCCCUUGUCUAUAGCACUUGCAGUUUAACCUUUGCUCAGAACGAAGAUGUGGUCGAGCGGUUCCUUUCGGAGAACACAUCUGCAGAAUUGCUGGAGAUUACUGCUGCCAAAAAUUGGCCAUGCAAGAGUGGUCGAAUACAAAAAACCUUACGAUUUGAUCCUUUGACAUCUUGUACAAGCGGACUCUUUGUUGCUAAGUUCACAAAAUUGGCCAUUUAGUCGAAAGAGGUUUGUUCUCUAAACCCUAUCCAUAUCCUAGCGCGAACAUCAUAGUUGGCUGGCAUGUUUAGUAUUCUACUUUUACCUUUCAGUUGUGCGGAAACACCUUCAUGUUAGUUUAUGCAUAAACUUCUUAUGUAUAUGAUAAUCCAUGUUUGACACACACUUUGUAGAUGGGAAUAGCUUCUUCUUUUUUCUAUGGAUGGAAAUGAAAAAUCUGUUUGCAUCAAAAGUUUUUGGAGUACAAAUAUGUUUGGGAAUGAGGUGAAGUUACUAUAAGAGAUGUUCUCUUCUUAAAAAAAUUUAAACACGAACAUGUUAUAGACUCGUAAAAAAGAAUUGUGUACUAGAGGUA